UUCAACGUUAAUUUAAUUUCUAAUUAAAUCAGUUUAAAUAACUUUUAACUUAAUCAGAGAGAGAAGUUAAUUUUAGCUAUUGAUUUUAGUUGAUUAACCAUUAUUUAACUUGGUUAAAAAAAAUAAAAUUAAUUUACCCAACUCUGCUGGUGAUAUUUGACGUCACAACCUAAUAAACACCAACUAACAGUAACAUUAACGUCAAUGUUAAAAUUUUCCACUCAACAAUGUAAUUUACAUAAUACUCACUUAUGUUAUAUGUAUAUUGUUGAGUAAGAAAUUAUAACAUUAAUGUUAUCUUACUGAUAAUUGCUGUUUACAAGGAACUUCCGAAAAGGAUUCAAGAAGAAAACGUAAAUAUUUUUUUAUUAUAUCCUUAUCUUCAGAUAAGAACUUAACAGAGUCAAUAUUUACAUCUCGUGUAUUGUUACUUCGGUUCCUGUCAUAACGAAACCGUCCGUGGGCAGUGACUCAUAAUUGUGAUAAAACUUGGAACACUUAACUUUCUUCUAACUUCGUUAAAAAAGAAUAUCUAAACCGUUCUGCUUCCCUCCCCCCUCUCUCUCUCUCCAUUUACACAACUAAUUUCCAAUUUAUUAUUGUGUUUCGAAUCUCCUCAGAAAAUACGCUCGGCAUCUACACAGAAAAAGAACUCAGUUCCGUGUCUGAUUUUCUGUUGUCUGGGGACCGAUAACUGCAGACGAAAAUACGUUUGUAGGAAUAGAAAGAUUCCUGUAGAGAGAGAGAGAGAGAGAGAGAGAGAGAGAAAGGAGGUUUCUAUUCAGUCAAUUGUUCUCAGUUAUCUCCACCGAGUGUUAACGCAGCCGAAUGUUCAGACGAAUGUUUCGGUCGCCGUAACGGAGAUAUUGUUUCUCGGCGCCGAGUUUUCUUGCGGUCCCAAUCCGGUUACGAGAUCUUCCUCCGGUGUGGCAGUAAGCAACUGCUCGCGUCAAGACAGGCAAUCACCUUCGCGGAAAAAGGGUAAAUCGGCUUUGCUCUAGUCUUUUCGGCCACACUUUCCGUGGGGUUAGGGUCUAGUCUUUUAGAAAUAACUCGUUAAAUUCUCUCUCUCCCUCUCGGAGAACGUACCUUCUUUCGCAGUGUUGCCGCAAAGUGCAUUUGCAUACGUCUAUCCUCUUCCACCCGUCCGCCCGGCCGUCUCUCUUUCCCCGUGGCAACCCACGAUUCCCACGUCAAUCAUUAAUCAAUCUACAACACGUGCGCCUGCUUUAAUUCGCGCCUGCAACAUUCUCGAUCUACCUUCUCCACGGUGUUGCAAGGCUGCCUCCGUUGCGUUGCGGUGUCAUGCGUCGCGACAGGUGGCGAUCGUGGCCGUUUUUCGUUGGACCGUGGCAAGAACGCCACAUUGUUGCCUGCCUAAACACCACAGCGCCCCGCGGGCCACUGCUCGGCCUCACUCGGCCAACCCCUUCCCGCGGGGCCGAGAGGAAAACGUAACGCGAGAAGCCCUUCGGCCGCUGCUGCACGGUGACAGCAGCGAGCAUGCUGACAAAUGCCACGUAAUAGGCCCGAUUGUUCGCCGUCGGGCCAAUUUGAGUGGCAGCCCGGUAAUUUCGUUCGCCGAGAGAGAAGCCCCACCGGAAAAGGCGAUCCCGGGCGUAUCCUUUCUCUCCUUGCAAGAGUCGUAGAGCGCGAGUCGUGGCGCACGGUGACAGAUUAAAGGGGUUGCUCGUAUCGGUCUUCUGUAUCUGCGCGUGUGUGUAAAUAUGUGUGUGCGUACAUGCGCGUGUGCAUACAUGCGUGCGUGCGUUUCUUCUCCUUUUUUCAGCCACGGGCCCGCCAUUCACGACGACGCAGUCCCCGGGUAACCGUAUGUCGUUUCGACAGGGACCCACGCGCAAAGGGGCGAGGACGAAGGUGGGGCGCGAACGAGUUUUGCAGAAUGUAGCGACUCGGGCAAGCCCCGGGAAGAACCCCGGUAGCCGCGGUAGACUCGGUACAGUGUCGCGUUUAUGGUUUGUACAUCGAAUCCACCUCCCUCCGAAUCCGGGUCCCCUGUCCUCACUGCGAACGAUCGUUUCGAGUCCACCAGAUCCCCUUUCGGCGUCGUCGUAUUAGAUAAUCACAGGAGGGGACGGACGGGGGCAGCGCGCCAGGGACUUGAAAGGCCCCGACAUCCAUCAUCCAUGGGAGAGGGACGUCGCCCCGCGUUCGCGUCCACCGGACCAGACCGAAACUCGCCUUCCCCCUUCGUUCGUACUCCGCUGCAACGCCGGCUUUAGGUUUAUCUGCGCCCGGAGCUACAUGAAUCUUGACUUACUAGUCCAUUUCGAGAAUCUAAUGACAUGAGGAUCAUGUCAAGGAAAUUCAGAGGUUUUGACAUUCUGCGUCAUGUGUCGUCUCAAGAGAGCACCGUUCUUCUCAUUUUGAAGUGGACAUUUAAUUAAUUACAAACCAACAUUAGUAAUUACGAACAACUAGAAACGACUAUCACAAGCAUAAAUCUAAAUUAAAAGAGAGAGAGAGAAAACUGCUAUGAGUUAUUAAAGUUAUUUAAAUUAUUACAUUUAAAUAUAAACAUUUAAAAAUUCUGCGUUGCGUAUUGUCUCAAGAGAGCGCCGUUCUUCUCAUUCUGAAAUGAAUAUUUCAUUAAUUGCAAACCAAUAUAUCAAGUAAUUACGAUUAAUUAGAAACGACCAUCAUAAACAGAAACACAAAUUAAAGAGGAUAGAAGAGCAAAAGCUAUUGGAGAUAUUUAAAUUAUUACGAUAAAAUAUAAACGUAUAUUUAAAAAUUCCGUGUCUCAUAUCGAGUUAUUGGAGUUAUUUAGAUUAUUAGAAUUAAAUAUAAACGAAUUCUGCGCACUGCCUCUUUCCUUCUUUCUACCUUAAGCACCCCAAACGACUGUUCGUUUCGAUUAUCCCUAUGAAGCCGGUACGUCCCGCUCGCUCCUCUUCUUUUCUCUCCCUUCCAUUCCUCGUCUAUCCCUCCAGUUCGGUCGUGUAUACGCCGGGGUAAAUACAAUGUCAACGAGCACAUUAAUGUUGUAUCCCCCCACUUCUCCUCAGCGCAGUUUCUUUCAUGGCGCUCGAUCGACCGCUACACUCGAAUCUCGAAUAGCUCGUGGAAAUUGCAGUAACAGUCGGCCUAAUGGAGAUUGGAUUCCGGAUAAGGCGAUCCUGUUCCCUGGCGGAGCUCCCACACGGGCCAGCAGUCCUUUGUGAUUGAUGAAAAUCUUCGAUAGUUGACAAUUUUGCUUUCAAUAAGCGGUAGCCGUCGAUAUCGCGUCGAUGUCGUCUCGCGGGAGGACAGCACCCCGGGCUUUUGUGCGGCCGGUAACUUCUUAUUACGCGAGAAUUCUAUUUGCUGGACUGUGUGUGCAUUCGCUUGCACUCUCGCGUCUGUAUAUUUAAAGAGCUCAGUCGCGAAACAGGUGUGCGCACACGUAUAUAUGGAUGCGUUUGUGUCCCGCAAUAUCCAGCGCCGAUAUCGCGGCUCUGGAAAGAAGAUUGAACCAGACCCGCAUGCAAAGUUCUGCGAAGUUAUCUUUGCUCGCGGCGCACUUCAUCUUUAUUGAUGCAUUCUUCGCGGCGAUUGAAAGCGGAGGAGGGGGAGAGAAGGAGGGGGAGAUCGAUAGAAAAAGCUGCUUACUGCGUUUUAUACGCGCGCGUUGCGACGUGACUUCCGCAUUUUACGUACUCAAGGGAAGAUCUGAAGCAUGGAAGGUAAAGCCCAGUACAGGCAGGCUCUCAUUCUCUCUCUCUCUCUCUCUCGACGCGAUAUCUUUCCAGUGAUUCUCGCGACGCAUUUUGCGCUUUAAGUCAAACGACGCUGUCUCCGGCGCGAGCGCAUUAAUAUCGAAAUUAUACCGCUUUGCGCGGUUAAAAUUGCGUUACUUCUGUCUCGAGGGCGAUCCCGCACUUUAUUACGUAUCAUCCAUCACGUUGGCGCGUUUAUGUAUAGACGACGCAAGUAGGGCAAUCUCGAAACGUGGGCCGCGCCGUAAUAGAUAUGUAAAUCCGCAAUUUAAUUGCGUCUUUGAAUAAUAAGUAAUUCAGUCAUACAUUAAAACGCUCUAAGGGUGAACUUUUCAUAAUGGCAAAACGUCUCGAUUGAGCCGGUAAUACGUCCGGCUCGCUCGACAUGAAGUGGCGCUAACGGGAACUCGUUGCUCCGUGAACUGUGAUUCAACUUUAAUCGCGCGUAUAUCUUGCACACAGUGAUACAUUAAGUAUUCUACAUAAGGAGAAUCUCACAGUAAAAAUUACUACGGAAUUUUGUAACUGAGAAAUAGGUCGACAUUCCGCAGUGACUCAUUAUCCUUUCAUUUCAUAUGUGCUAUUUAUAUUUUAGGAACUGAAAUGUGCUAUUAAAGAAUUUGCUAUGCUUCUUAGCGAGAUAGACCUUACUGACAGCCUGUUCUUGCACCACAUAAUAAAAUCGGAAAGAGAAUUUAUAUCAGGGAAAAAAUUUGUAAUGUUCCCUUCGUGUAUCACGAUAAAAAGUACACUGUAUAUGUUCCAUCUAAGAGAGACUAAUUUUCUAGUUUCAAUUAUUCUCUUGUCGCAAGUUGAAAUUUUGCUUCUACCGUGUAAACUCCGUCAAACUUAAAAGAUCGAUGCGGAAUCUCUCAAUACAUUUUCAUUCGUUCAUAACUUUCAUAAAAAUAAUCCAAAUUCAACGUUUUAUUUUUAAUCGGUGUAGAGACAUCGAGAAAUAUAAAUCUAUUAAUGAUUCAAUAAAUGCAAUAAAAAUUAUAAUGAAAAAUGAAACCCAAAUUUUCAAAAACGUAACGUUUGGAAAAUUGAUUGGGGUAAAUUUCACCUAUGUUUAGAAUUCUGGAGUUAAAACUCACACAUUAAUCGAUUACGAUUGUGUGUAUGUAUGUGUAUAUGUGUGGAAUACUACGAACCAAAACAUAACAAUCAGUUCUUCAAUAAGUACCGCGCGUGUAACCGUCCUGUUUAAUUUAACAAGUUGUCUAAUCGGUAUUUUGGUCACCUUGAAGGUCCGGAAUGCUUUGAGAACGCUUUCUUGUUGGCAUUUAACGGAAAAUCACUUUGUUGAUUAUUUUGAUACUCUCGCACGUCGCGUACUUAUCCAUGACCGAGUCAGUACAUCACAAGCCGUCGAACGGCACACGUAUCGCGACGCGAAGUGCGUAUAUCGACGCGCAGUUUACAUUUCCCGUUGUGUGAUUAAAACAUUUCGUGGAUUAUUGAAAUAUUAUCGGACUCCCGUCAACAUUGUAUUAAUUAACACGCUUUUCUCCGAUCGAAUCGUGUUUGUGCAAGUCUCAGUGCCAGUGAAUAACCUGCGCGACGAAGCAACUUGGAGUAGAAUACUGGAUCGGGAAGCCAGGAUGCAGAAAGUCGAGACGUGGCCAACAAUACAUUAUAUACAGGGUGUUUGUUGGACAGUUCGGCACCGCGGGGCCCGCCUGAUGUGCCACCCCGUAACCCCGCAAUGAGCCGGCUCAACGGAAGACUGCCAGGAAGUCACGCAGCGAGCGAUCACGAGCGCGAUCCCGAUCUCGAGCCAUCCUGUCUCGUGCGCACCCCAUCCGGUAACUUCUACAACAUACCAAAGAUACCGAAGAAUGAAUACAACAACAAGAAUCAGUCCACGGGGAACAGUCCAAUAAAGGUGGAACUGCAGAACAACAUGGACAGAGUACCUCUACCUUACGGGCACGCCCCGUCGAUGAUCCCGAUGAGAAGACAAAGCAUUCGCUGCCACUUCCGCAAGGGAAUCGAUUGGUGCAGCUGGAAAUUAAUUUCCAUAAUAAUAAUAAUGCUCUUGCUCUGCCUGACAGCAGCAUUAACCUACGUUGCAGUGAACUGGUCGUACCAAAGCACCAAGGCAUGCUCAGUCCUGGUGGGUGAAAACGCCGACGCCAAACCAUCAUCGGGCGAGUCGAACAAGACAUCUUCGUCAUCCGCGUCGACGUCGUCGCAAUCAAGCGGCAGGGCGCGGCAGCAGUCGCCGUCAGGAGCCUUCGACGAGAGCCUCAACGUGGAGCAGGAGCAGCUCGAGCAGCAGCGCGCUAACUCUACUCUGUCCGCGGAGGAACCCCGACAGUCUGAGGGAACACAGGAUCAGAAGAGGCAGCGCGAGGAAUCUUCGUCAAUCCCGGCAGACUCGGUAAGGAAUGUGACCGGCAUCAGCACGGAAGAUUAUUAUCCAUCGUCGACAGUUCAAUCUGUGGAGAACAAUGAGUCCACCAGUGAGAUCACGUCAACUUACGAGCCGGAAGUAAGCACCGAUAUGUGGGCUUGUUCUGGGACCACUCCACUCCCCCCAGAGCCCACUAUACUGAUUCUCGAAGGUGCGCGAACCUUCCCGGCAAGGUCCUUCCCACCUGACGGCACGACCUUCGCCCAAGUCAGCUUAGGGCAAAAACUCAGCAAAGAGAUACCGCCGUACGGCUACUGGAACAUGCAGUUCUACCAAUCGGAGGCCGCCUACGUACGCUUCGACUACAGCAUCCCGCGCGGUGCCAGCAUCGGCGUGUACGCGAGGAGGAACGCGCUGCCCACGCACACGCAGUACGACCUGCUGGAGGUUCUCAGCGGCUUCAAGGCGCGGACCACCAGGGCGUCCCAUGUUAGUGUUAUUCCGUCGAUUAAGAAAGAGGUGACACAGUACAUGGAGCCGGGCCAUUGGUUCCUCUCGCUUUACAACGACGAUGGAGACCCGCACGAAGUUUCGUUCAUCGCCGUGAUCGCCGAGGACAUGACGCACAACUGCCCCAACGGCUGUAGCGGCAAGGGCGAGUGUCUCCUAGGCCACUGUCAGUGCAAUCCCGGCUUCGGUGGUGAGGAUUGCAGCGAGAGCGUCUGUCCCGUUCUCUGCAGCCAGAGAGGUGAGUACAUAAACGGCGAGUGCCAAUGUAAUCCCGGCUGGAAGGGAAAGGAGUGUUCCCUGCGACAUGACGAGUGCGAAGUGCCCGACUGCAAUGGCCACGGACACUGCACCAACGGCAAGUGCAACUGUGUACGCGGCUACAAAGGAAAAUAUUGCGAGGAGGUCGACUGUCCGCAUCCGACCUGCUCGGGUCACGGUUUCUGUGCCGAGGGCACGUGCAUCUGCAAAAAGGGCUGGAAAGGAGCCGACUGCAGUCAGAUGGACAAGGAGGCACUGCAGUGCUUGCCGGACUGCAGUGGACAUGGAAAUUUCGAUCUGGAGACCCAAACCUGCCUCUGCGAGUCCAUGUGGUCCGGUGAUGAUUGCUCGAAAGAACUGUGCGAUCUCGAUUGCGGCCCUCACGGACACUGCGUGGACAACGCCUGCGAUUGCUCGCCAGGCUGGUCCGGCGAGUUGUGCAAUCUGAAGCAAUGCGAUCCUCGCUGCAACGAGCACGGACAAUGCAAGAAUGGCACGUGUCUGUGCGUUACCGGAUGGAACGGAAAACACUGCACGAUGGAGGGUUGUCCGAAUUCCUGUUCCGGCCAUGGACAGUGCAGGGUGUCGAACGACGCGCAGUGGGAGUGCCAGUGCUACGACGGCUGGGACGGCAAGGAUUGCAGCGUGCUCCUAGAACAGAACUGCAACGAUGGACGAGACAACGAUAAAGAUGGUCUCAUCGACUGCGCCGACCCCGAAUGUUGCUCCAAUCAUAUAUGCCGUACAAGCCAGCUGUGCGUCUCGGCGCCCAAACCAAUCGAUAUAUUGCUACGGAAACAGCCACCCGCCAUCACCGCUUCCUUCUUCGAGAGAAUGAAGUUCCUAAUCGACGAGGGCAGUCUGCAGAACUACGCUCGUCAGGAAACCUUCAACGAGAGUAUGUUCUGGAAUCACUUCAACACAAGUCGAUCGGCGGUCGUACGUGGUCGCGUCGUCACGCACCUCGGCACAGGCUUGAUGGGAGUGCGAGUCAGUACCAGCACCCCGCUAGAAGGCUUCACCCUGACGCGAGACGACGGCUGGUUCGAUCUGCUGGUGAACGGCGGCGGCGCCGUAACUUUGCAGUUCGGCAGGUCGCCCUUCAAGCCGCAGAGCCACAUCGUCUUCGUACCUUGGAACGAGGUCGUCAUAAUCGACAAGAUCGUCAUGAGCACCGCUGAGGAGAAGCCACCGCUCCACGUUCCGCACGCGUGCACGGCUCAUGAUUACGAUCUCAUGAAGCCGGUCGUGCUGGCAACCUGGAAGCACGGGUUUCAAGGUGCCUGCCCGGACAAGAGCGCCAUAUUGGCGGAGUCCCAAGUCAUACAGGAGAGCUUGCAGAUCCCCGGCACGGGAUUGAAUCUGGUAUACCACAGCUCCAGAGCCGCCGGUUAUCUUUCCACUAUACAGCUGCAGCUGACUCCGGAGUCCAUCCCAGCCACUUUGAACCUGAUACACCUGAGAAUCACGAUCGAAGGUAUACUCUUCGAGAAGACUUUCGAGGCCGACCCUGUGAUCAAGUUUACCUACGCGUGGAACCGAUUGAACGUUUACCGCCAACGCGUCUAUGGCGUCACGACCGCGAUGGUCAAGGUCGGUUACGAGUACAACGAUUGCAAGGAUAUCAUCUGGGACGUACAGACCACGAAAUUGAGCGGCCACGACAUGUCUAUCUCAGAAGUCGGUGGCUGGAACUUGGACAUUCAUCAUAGGUACAACUUCCACGAAGGAAUCUUGCAGAAGGGAGACGGCUCGAACAUUUAUUUGAAGCAUAAGCCGAGGGUCAUACUCACUACAAUGGGAGACGGUCACCAGAGGCCAUUGGACUGCUACGACUGCGACGGACAGGCUUCCAAACAACGUCUCCUGGCGCCCGUUGCGCUCGCCACUGCACCGGAUGGCUCCAUCUUUGUGGGUGAUUUCAAUCUAGUCAGGAAGAUCCUCGUCGAUGGAACAGUCAGAACUGUGGUUAGGUUAAAUGCGACUAGGGUAUCAUAUCGUUACCACAUCGCUUUGAGCCCAUUAGAUGGUCUUCUCUACAUAUCUGACCCGGAAUCUCAUCAGAUCAUUCGCGUUCGCGAUACCAACGACUAUACGGAUCCCGAUCACAACUGGGAGACGGUGGUCGGCUCCGGGGAGCGUUGCCUUCCUGGUGACGAGGCUCACUGCGGCGACGGUGCACUCGCGCGAGAUGCCAAACUCGCUUAUCCCAAGGGCGUGGCCGUUUCCGCGGACAACGUUCUGUACUUCGCGGAUGGUACGAACAUCAGAAUGGUCGACCGCGACGGCAUCAUCACUACUGUGAUCGGCAACCACAUGCACAAGUCCCACUGGAAGCCGAUACCCUGCGAGGGAACGUUGAACGUCGAGGAAGUGCACUUGCGUUGGCCAACCGAACUGGCGAUCAACCCUCUAGACAACUCGCUGCACAUGAUCGACGAUCACAUGGUCCUCCAGUUGGCACCGGACGGUCGUGUCAAGGUCGUCGCUGGUCGCCCACUUCACUGUGCCUCGCCGUCGUCCUCGUUCGACACGGAGCUGGCCACUCACGCCACCCUCGUAAUGCCGCAAAGUAUCGCGUUUGGACCCUCGGGCAAUCUGUACAUCGCCGAAAGCGACUCGCAGAGGAUCAACCGCGUCCGCAUGAUCGGCACCGACGGCAAGAUCUCGCCGUACGCCGGCGCCGAGUCCAAAUGCAACUGCCUGGAGCGCGGCUGCGAUUGCUUCGACGCCGAUCACUAUUUGGCGUCCACCUCCAAAUUCAACACCAUAUCUGCCGUGGCGGUUUCUCCCGACGGAGUGGUUCACAUCGGCGACCAGGCGAAUUACCGCAUUCGCUCGGUGAUGGCGAGCAUUCCGGACGCGAGCGGUGCACGGGAGUAUGAAAUCUAUGCGCCCGACACGCAAGAGAUCUAUGUGUUCAAUCGGUUCGGCCAACACAUCGCCACGAAGAACAUCUUGACUGGUGAGACCGUGUACCUCUUCACAUACAACGUCAACACCAGUAACGGUAAGCUCAGUACGGUGACGGACGCGGCCGGCAAUAAGGUCUUCUUGCUGAGGGAUUACAGCAGUCAGGUGAAUUCGAUCGAGAACACGAAGGGGCAGAAGUGCCGGCUAAGGAUGACCAGGAUGAAGAUGUUGCACGAGCUGAGCACACCCGACAACUAUAACGUCACCUUCGACUAUCAUGGACCUACAGGUCUGCUGAAGACUAAACUCGACAGCACCGGUCGUAGCUACGUCUACAAUUACGACGAGUUCGGCAGGCUGACCAGCGCAGUGACACCCACCGGCAAAGUGAUCAGCCUGACUUUCGAUCUCAGUCUGAAGGGUGCAAUCGUGAAAGUCGGCCAGAACAACAGGAAACCCGUCUCGAUGCUGAUCAAGGGAUCAUCAGUGGUUACGAAGGUCGGCGAAGCUGAACAGAGGACGACAGUCCUCGCCGAUGGCUCAGUCGGAAAAGUUACGUCGUGGGCUCACACCGUCAGCACCGACACUAUGCCGUACUCGAUCUUGGCGGAGAUCGAGCCUCUGUUAGGCGAGAGCUAUCCUGUCCCGGCUAAGCAGCGAACAGAGAUCGCCGGAGACCUAGCUAACCGCUUCGAGUGGCGGUAUUUCCUGCGGAAAGUCCAGGGGAAUAAGAAUCGCGGUAACUCGAAAGCGGUCGCCCAAGUCGGCAGGAAGCUUCGGGUGAACGGCGAGAUCUUGCUGUCUCUCGAGUACGAUCGAGAAACGAACACCGUGGCUGUGUUUAUGGACGAUCGAGUGGAAUUACUGAACGUCACGUACGAUAGAACGGCCAGACCCGUGAAGUGGGGUCCGAGGAACGGCAUUUUCGCUGGCGUCGAGCUGGAGUACGAUCGAUUCAGCAGACUGACGAGUUGGACGUGGGGUGACAUCAGCGAAACUUACGGAUUCGAUCGAGCCGGCCGACUGUACGAGAUCAAGUACAGUGACGGAACAUCGAUGGUGUACGCCUUCAAAGAUAUGUUCAGCAGUUUGCCUUUGAAAGUUACCACGCCGCGUGGAAGCGACUAUCUUUUGCAGUAUGACGAAGCGGGAGCGUUACAGUCACUAACCACGCCGAGAGGACACAUUCAUACCUUCUCGCUUCAAACGUCUCUUGGAUUCUACAAGUAUCAAUACUAUUCGCCGAUGAACCGGCAUCCCUAUGAGAUCUUGUACAACGACGACGGUCAGAUUCUCGCUAAGGUGUACCCGCAUCAAAGUGGAAAGGUUGCUUACGUUUAUGAUCAUACUGGAAAACUGGAAACGACGCUAGCCGGACUCUCGUCAAUACAUUACACCUACCAAGAGACCACCAGUUUAGUGCGCAGCAUAGACAUCAACGAACCGAACUUCGAAAUGCGCAUCGAGUACAAAUAUCAUGCUGGUAUCGUGAAAGACGAGAAGAUCAAAUUCAGUAGCAAGAGCGGCAUGGAUAACGCCCAUUAUCGCUACCAGUACGACGGCAAUGCGCGCAUAUCCGGCAUCGAGGUCGACAUCAACGGCAAACAGCUUCCGCAACUUCGUCUCAAGUACAAUCAGAAUUUCGGCGUGUUGGAAGGCGUCGGCGAUCUUCGGAUAUACAGGAACCUCUUCAACAGAUCUGUUAUGCAAGACAGCAGCAAACAGUUCUUCACAGUCACAGACUACGACGAGCACGGUCGCGUCAAGACCGUGCUGAUGAACAUCAGAACGUUCGACGUGUUCCGUAUGGAACUCGAGUACGACAAUCGCAAUCGCAUCAAGAUGAGAAAGCUCACCAUCGGCAAGGAGGCGAUUGAAAAGAAAGAGGGCUCUCGUUUGGAGAAAAUAACUUACAACGCGGACGGUCAUGUGCUGGAGGUGGCGGACACAGAGAACAACUGGCAAUACGCGUACGACGAGAACGGUAACGUGAUCGGCGUGACUGGGCACAACGGAAAGAUCGCCUUGGGCUACGACAGUGGCGAUCGAGUGGUCCAGUACGGCGAUGUAGAAUUCAACUCGUACGACGGACGCGGCUUCGUAGUGAUUCGCGGCGAACACAAGUACAGGUAUAACUCGCGCGGCCAGCUGAUUCACUCCUCGGAGCACAAGAAAUUCCAAAUCUGGUACUUCUACGACGAUCGCGGCCGGCUGGUGUCCAUGAACGACGACCGCGAGAACAUUACGCAAUUUUUCUACGCGAACCCGAAGACCCCGGAUCUGAUAACGCACGUGCACUUCCCCAAGUCGUCCAAAACGUUCCGAUUCCUCUACGACUCGCGUGACUUCCUAAUGACCGUGGAGACAUCCGAGCAGCGUUUCUACGUCGCAACGGAUCAGAACGGUUCCCCGCUCGCACUCUUCGACACCAACGGCAAUCUCAUCAAGGAGAUGCGACGUACACCGUUCGGCAAGAUCAUCAAGGACACAAAUCCGGACUUCUAUCUACCUAUCGAUUUCCACGGCGGCCUCCUGGAUCCCAACACGAAGCUGAUCUAUUUGAACAAGAGGCUGUACGAUCCAUCCCUCGGUCAAUGGAUGACGCCGGCCUGGGAGCAAAUGGCCAACGAACUGACCACACCGACCGAUAUAUUCAUCUACCGCUUCCGCAACAAUGACCCGAUCAACUUCAAGCAGAACGUCGAGUACAUGACAGACCUGGCGAGCUGGCUGAAGCUCUACGGUUACGACAUCUCCUCGAUGCUCGGUUCAGAAUACACGAAGCAAAUGGUGUAUCAGCCGAGCGCCACCAUCACGUCGCCUCAGCUCACCCCAGACUUCGGCGUGAUGUCCGGCCUGCAAUGUAUCGUGAAUCGCGUGCACGAGAAGUUCUCCGACCUGGGCUUCGUGCCCAAGCCGCUGCUGAAGCUAGAGCCGAAGACGAGGAACCUGCUGCCGCGAGUGGCGCAUCGACGUGCGGUGUUCGGCGAGGGUAUCCUAGUGUCGCGCGUAGACGGCCGCGCCUUGGUGAGCGUGGUGGACGGCGUGAACAGCGUGGUGCAGGACGUGGUGACAUCCGUGUUCAACAACUCGUACUUUUUGCCGCUGCACUUCAGCGUGCACGAUCAAGACGUCUUCUACUUCGUCAAGGACAAUGCGCUCAAAAUCCGCGACGACAUGGAGGAGCUUCAUCGGCUCGGUGGCAUGUUCAAUGUGUCUACUCAUGAGACAACAGAGCACGGCGCCGGCACUUGGAAAGAGCUGAGACUUCACAACCCGGACGCGGCAGUAGUGAUCAAGUACGGCGCCGAUCCCGAACAAGAGCGCCAUCGUAUCCUCAAGCACGCGCACAAGCGAGCCGUGGAAAGGGCCUGGGAGAUCGAGAAGCAGCUAGUGAUGGCCGGCUUCCAAGGUAGAGGUGACUGGUCGAAGGAGGAGAAGGAUGAACUCAUCAGUCGUGGCACCGUGGACGGCUACGAGGGCGUCGACAUCCACAGCGUCCACAGGUAUCCGCAGCUCGCCGACGACCCCGGCAACGUGGCGUUCACCCGGGACGCAAAGAGGAAGAGGCGGAAGAGCGGCAACCGGCGCAACAGGACUCACAGGCACGACUCGUGAUUCGAAGACACCACGCGAGUUCGGAGUAUCGUUUGGGACUUGAUUCGCGCGUGAAUCCGAAACGUGAGCUCGAACGAACGAACAAACGAAUGGGAGAAAGAGAGAGGGAGCGCGUCGGAGAACAGACGGACGGAUGGACGGACGAGAAGAAGCGCGACUCGCGCGCCCGAUGUCCGUCAUUACCUUCUCUCCUCGACCUCCCUCUCGAGCCUCUUCUCCCCGCGCUUGUCGUCGGGAUGGACGGAGAUCUACCAUGAGCGACCACGGACGCACACUCAUGCGUUUGUCCGGUGUCCACUGGCACAGCCUACCCCGUCGAUGUGCCAUAAAAGCGCGUCCAUGCGAUCGCGAUCGAUACUCGCAUGAUGCCACGAUCAACCGUGUCGGAGACGACGGGUGUAAGAACGGAUCGCGAAGUGUCAAAAUUAAGCUAGUCGCAUUAUUAACGAAAUGAAGAAUAUAAAGCUUGUUACAUGGUGAUUAGUUUAUAGCGAGAUGAGAGAAGGAGACACGAGGGAGAAAGAGAGAAUGUGAGGGAGAGAGAGAGAGAGAGAGAGAGAGAGAGAGAGAGAGAGAGAGAGAAAGAGAGAGAGUGAAAGAGAAAAAGAGGCAAAGGUGGCGACUCAACGCGUAGAAGUGUGACAAGACGAAAGUGCGUGCGUGAACUUUCAAGGUGCCGUCCGCGACGAAAUCCGGUAGAGCGUUUUCGCGAAUUAAAAAAGAGAAGAAAAGAAUAAGAAGAAGGGAGGAAUAAAAUUAAAUACACGAGUAUUUGAUUUGUAAUAUGUGUAUAAAUUGUCGGACUUUCGUCGGAUCGUCGGUCGAAUUUCAACUGAUGUUUUCACGCAACAGGGUCUAUGAGAGACGCAUAAUACGCGCGCACGCAGAAGCGAAACACCAUGACGGUGGACGCGUCAAGGUCACGCGAUGCGAGGCGAAAGAGGAGAUGAUUUUUGACAGAAGAGAUUCGAAAUAUUUCUGAAAUUGUUCAAGGAAUAAGACACACAUAUACACACGCACGCAUACAUAUACAACAUACAUACUCUUCACUUUGGGAUCGCGGAGACGGAUGUCGUAUUCGUUGGGCAUUUUUUUGUAACAGACGCUAUAAAAUAAGAUUCCUACGUGGCAUGCGAAUGUAGGAUUAUCCUGUGUUAACGUCUAAUUGUAGAACGCUCUAUUCAGAACGUUCGAACCUCGCAUUCUCUGGCCGGGACGCAUUCGACCGCAGGUGGACACGUUUCUUAACAAUGUCCGUGGACGUCGCCGUAGAUCGCGUCGUGAGACGCCAUAGGAAAAAAAGCAAGUGAGCGAAAGAGAGCGAAAGAGCGAGAAAGAGAAAGGGAGAAAGAGAGACAAACGUGGAAAACAGAUAUACAACAGAUAUUUUUAACAUGACGCAAAAAUUGAUGUAUUAGGUGCGAGACAAGCAACUGUAAAUAUAGCUACUCAAACUUAACGGUAAAUGUAGAUAAAAUAUCGUAACGUGACGAGAGAGAGAGAGAGAGAGAGAGAGAGAGAGAGAGAGAGAGAGAAUGGUCGUAAAACUCAAGUGGAACUGUCGAUACCGCUUUUUUAUAUGUGUACACUCGGCAUUGCGGAUGCACCACUGUUUAUCAGAUCGAUAGUUCCGAAAAUGUUCAACCAACCGCAUUCGCUUCUAGCUAUGCGUUUCUCAUGACUGUUAAUUAAUUGAGAAAGGGGAAAGGAGGAUAAGCAUUUUAUUACAAAAUUAUAUAUAUAAAGAUAUAUAUGAAAUAUAAUAAUUAUAUAUGUAUGAUUAUAUAAUAAGUAAUUAGAAAGUAUAUUUAUAUUUUUUUUCUCUAUUUAUCUUCUCUAAUUAUUUAUUCUAAUUUUAUAUUAACCUCUUGUUUAUUCUUAACUCUUUCUCACUGAUUGCGCGUUAUAUGAAUGAAUAUUCUCUUUACUGUGUACGGGAUGUCAAGCUACCGUCACUUUCGCUUUGAGCACGUUCCCGCUUUCUUGAUGAAUCAACAGUUACAAGAAGUGCGUAGGGUAAAAACGGAAAUGGCUGGUCGAAAUUUAUAGUAACUACCGAUCUAAUAAAUUCAAUAAGGCAUCCGUGAUACUGAGUGUACGAGAACAAACUACACGACACACACGCGUAUAGGAGAAACUUACUCUCGUAUCCCCGAGAUGACUCGCGAGCGCGAUAAAAUUCGCGACGGGGAGAGUCGCGAAGCGAUAGGGCGCGCGUCGCGAAUUAUUGACGAGAGAACGCGACACAAGCGCGGCGAGAUUUCUCCUUGGGAGGAAAACGCGACAUUCGCGUGAAAACGGAUGGUCAUCGCGUUAAUCUCGAGCCAGGCCUACGCACGAUCGACACACACGUACACACACUUUAUCAUCGCUUCAAAUCGGCCGGAUGCAUAUAUAGUCGCACGACGUCGGCGCUGUUCUCACCGACUGCGCCGUGCAAAACGCGUAAUUGGAUGUUGCAGAGCCAAGUAUUAGGCGCGAGGCACUCGCGCAGCGGAGAUCCGUCAAACUCGAGAUCCAUAGAGUUUACCUUAGAUAUAAUUUCGUACUUUAAAGUGAGAUCAAGUGAGCUAAAAGAGGAGCUAUGAUCGAUUGGGUGCUACGGCGCGUCGAUUCGCCAAUCGUGGAACUCGCAAUCAUCUCCACGAAGAGGGUCGCCGAGCAAUGAGUGAUAUCAAUUUCCACAGCCAUCGAGAAACGAUUGAAACGAGAAUGUUGGGCGAUCCUCACGCCGUUCCACCCAUCUAUCCGCUCGACAAUUGUCUCACUUGAGCAUAAGACUCAUCGAUUUCGAAUUUGACGCGCGUUCCGAUGCCGGGUGCUGCAAGUAUAAGCGAACCUACCGAUUUGUCGUAGACAACGUAGACACGCGUGUAAAUAGUAUCGGUAUCAAGUAAACGAGCAAGAGCUAUUGCGACGUGACGUCGUCGCGCGAAACGACGAAGUGACGCGACGUGAAGAGACAAGCGACAGUCAUAACGGGAUGCGUCGAAGUAAUAAUGUCCACAGAAAAAAAUAAUAAUAAUAAAUAAUAAAUGAUAAAUAAUAAUGAGUAAUAAUAAUAAUAAUAAUAUAGUAACGGUAAGUAAUAAGAAUAAUAAAAAUAUAGUAAUAAUAAUGGAAAACGAUAAUAUUUACCAUUGUACGAAAAAAAUGCCCCGCCUAUCUUUCUACUAAAAAUGAAAAAUUAUUUUUUGAAUUGUGUCGUCGAAGAAGUCCUAUGUAACCGUGUGUAUGUGGGAUCGCCCCGUGAGAAAAUCUCACCCCCUGCGCUCCACCGAAGAGAGCUCCCCGCACGAAAUAGACGAAUUGAUCCGAAUCGACACGGCGAUUCAUCUGGACGACUCGUGAGUUGCCGAUCUUCGAAAUCGGAUCUUUGCAACUUGUCCUUCUACGUCUCCUUCUAAUUGUCUUUCAUCUUUCGUCUCAAGUAUCAAAAAGGACAAGCAAUUCUUUCUCUAUAAUGUCUCUUACUUUUGGAAUUAAAGCACACUCUUUCCGUUUCAAAUGUCAGCGUUUAUCCAGUCGCAACGCCAAGCGAUGAUACCGUUAUACAAGUCCAGAUAUCUUUCAGGGAAAGCCUAUCCUCCCAACUUCGCGCGCGAUGGUCGCGGAUAUAUCUCGUAUCUCGCCGACGACGAAUUUCCGUCGAUUCGUUUCAAUCCGCCCAUUUUUCGCAGGGCACAACCUUGACCCCUCCUCUCUGUAACUGAUAUAGCUGAACUCGUCGGUGU